UACUUGCUUCUUGAACCGAUAUUUUGAACUUAUGUGCUUCGUUAGUCUCGUACAAUUACACAUAGUCAAAAGAAUGAAAGAAUAAUGAGUCCGGAACUUCGUUGAUUGUGAAAAUUUUCCUUGUCUCCGAGACAAUGAGUACAUUUAUUCGAUGUAAACAUGAACAAAGUGUACACGAGGACGAUGUCGUUAAUGAGCGUCAAGAAAUUUACGAGCCAUAACAGAAAGUUUAAAGGAACAGAGCGUUACAAUUCUCGACGAAACAGUCUGACUUUAACGAGUCGUUGAAAGAGUUCGAAUACAUAUUGCGAAAGACGAAAAUUUUUCAUUCGACGAUUUUCUAAAGAUGACAUUCAAAUCCUUGAUGAAUCUCGGAAGCUUGAAUGAUCCUUAUCAUCCUGGUAUUGAUAGGUACCAUAGCGGUUCUGGUGGUUAUCAUCACGGCGAAUAUGGAGGAUACUAUCAUGGUUCACGAGGAAGUAACAAAAAUAAAAAUGACAAAGGAGCUGCACUUAGCGCCUUGACUUUACUUGCUUUCCUGUUCUUAUUAAACGUCAUGCAGCAAUCGAUGCAAGAAAAUAAUAAUACAAUUCCGACAACGACAUCCACGAUAUUUUUACGCGAUAUAGAUCAACCGAUAAUGAUAGAUUCGAAAGAGGAGGAGAAGAAGAGGGAUGAAAUGAAGAAGGAUGGUAUAAUAACUGUAAAAUCCAAGAUUCAAAGGCUUAACAGUCAAUAUAUUAAAUGAAAUCAGAUUAGUACACAAUGAUUUGGUACAGAAUAGUUAAAAGUACUUAGAUGAAUAAAUGAAGAAUAUUUUUUGGAUCGAUAUCGAAAAUCGAAAAUUUCUCUCGUACAUGUUUAACGAUUCAUCCAUGAAUUAUCAGCAUGAAAUUGUAUUAAGAUAAUAUUUAUUGAAUCAUUCUGUAACAAUUCCUUAAACAGAUGUGCUUUGAAAUAUCAUAUAUGCAGCAUACGCUAUUCUUUUAAUACAUUCCAUUCUUUUUUUCUUUUUUUUUGCUGAUCUUUGUUCUUCAUUUUUUUUCUAUACAUAUAUAUAUAUAUAUUUAUUUAUUUAUUAACUUAUUUAUUUAUUUAUACUUUGUAAU